GCCCGCCGCGGGCCGCCGAGGGCGAGGCUGGGGCCGGGCGGCCCUCGUCGGGGGCGUGGGCCGCGGCCUCGUCGCCGGCGGCGCCCCCGGGCGCCCACGGGCCAGGAGUGCAUCACGCGGAGCCGCUAUCGCUGGAGCAGUUCUUGUUCGACCCCCCCGUUGCCGCGGCUGGCAGCUUUGAACCGCCGCCGACGGUGCCCGCGAUCGUUCAGGCGCACAGCGAGGCGAGCCUGCGGCUGGGCCCGUCGACGGAGCCUCGCGGCGUGCCCCUCGGGCGCCACGAGUUGGGCGGCCCGCCCCGGGGCGCGCCGCCGCAGCGGCAGCAGCGAGCGGCGGCGCUGCGCUCGCAACCGCAGUUGGGCCUGCGCCCAGAG